AUGUUUAUUGGUGCUCAUUGUGUUACUGUGUUGUGUGUCUGUGUGCGGCAGGGCUGCUUCCUGGAGUCGGUGGAUAAGGCCACGCUGUGCUGCCCUCUGUGCAGAAGAAGAGUCUCCACGUGGGCUCGGCUGAACAGCAGGAACAACUCUCUGGUGAACCAGCAGCUGUGGCAGCAGAUCCAGAACUUGUUUCCUCUGCAGUGUCAGCGCCGCCUCAGCGGGCAGGACGCCGUGGACGACGACCGCCCAGUGUCGGAGUGUUUUCAUCGACUCAGUGAACCUGGAGAGCUGCGGCAGGAAUACGAGGACCAGAUCACCAAACUGACGGAGGAGAAACGAGUUCUGGAGGAGCAGCAGAGGAGAGCCAGUGAGGAUCUGAUCCAGAUGAUGCUGGAGGAGGAGCAACAGCUGCUGCAGGAGGAGACCAGGAGGAGGCAGGAGGAUGAGAGGCUGGCCAGGCUGCUCAGUAACCAGCUGAACUCUCCUCCCGUCUCCCAGCAGAGCCUUCGUCCCGGUGAUGUGACUCCGGCCCAGAAGAAGAAGGAGGUGGGACAGAUCGAGCGGUUCCUGUGUCCUCGGGCUCCGCCCACCUGCAGCUUUCAGUCCAAUAAGGAGAACAUCCUGGUCUCUGAGGCUGAGCGGCAGGCAGAGCGCCCCCUACCUCACCUCGACUAUUAUGGACCUCAGACGGAGCUCCGCCUCCCACAGGAGGAUCACCUGAUUGCACUGGGAGGACCCUCAUUGGCCAAGAGGAAAAACUCCGAGCUGGACACCACAGAUGAGGAGGAGAAUGAUGUCACCAAACGAAGGCGCUACCCGUCGUCUCUGGGGAUGGGACUGGGAUUGCAGAGCGCCACCGAGCGAGAGGCGGAGCUUCAGGGCCGAUGGCGGCAGGAGGAGGAGGACCGGAGGCUGGCUCUGCUGCUGCAGAAGGAGCUUGACAAGGAGGAGAGACAAAAGGCCACCGACAGACGCAAAGGGUCCGCCAACGCCCACCUGCUCCGGCAGCGGCCAGAGACAAGCGAGGAGGCCGCCAGCAGCUCCAGUACCAAGACUCCGAAGACCUCCUCGUCCUCCAGCACAGUCUCCAGGAGGGUGGAGGCCGCCGGCAGCUCCGGUACCAAGACUCCGAAGACCUCCUCGUCCUCCAGCACAGUCUCCAUGAGGGAGGAGGCCGCCGGCAGCUCUGGCGCCUCUCAGAAGACAUUGAUCUCGUCCUGCAGAGGCAGGAAACAGACCACCCUGACAGAGAUGUUCUCCAGUCUGAGCAGCUGAGCCUCCCUCUGUCGAAGCCUCUCUCUACCCUCAUAGCUGGUUUCACUUCCUGUUUCUGCUGUAAACAGUCCUGAAGUCGACACACAGACACAAAUCUGCUUUUUAUGGCCAGAAGUAUGUGGACACUGCCUCCAUAUGUGGUCAUGAGACUGUGCAGCUGUCCACAUACUUUUGGCCACAUGAAAGCAGUAAAGGUGACCGCUGCACCGCUGAGCGUCCAGCAGGGGGAGUGGCUGUAAAGAGUUUCAUGUGAAUCUGCCCUGUGCCACCUCUCAGCGUUGUCCAGCUUAGCAGAGCAGAUAACCGGUUGGUCAGGGAGGGGCCGGGGCCAGCAGCUGCUCAGCUUCAUUCACACUUCAUUACACGUUUACGCGACAGUGAAACAGAACAGAACCAGAACCAGUACUUAUGGAGUCGUGGAGGAAUCAACCAGACAUUUGUCAAUUUGAUUCAUCUGCUGAGAAGGACUCCACAAAUCCUGAACUGCUGGAGAAUCACCGCCAGCUGAUCAGAUCUGCUGCUGCACGUUACCUGCUGAGAAGAGCUGGAGUCUGGUUGGUCACAUGUUCACUGAUGUUUCCACCUGAGCAGGAGAUGUCUCAGACUCCUCUCCUUCUCCUCACCUGUGUCCUCCCUCCCUCCUGGUCCCCCUUUGUUGCAGUUUUGACGGUUUCUUAUUCAAAUAUAAUAAAAAGUUUGAAAGGACAAACGUGUAAAAUGUUUCAGAUGUUCAAAUCAUAAAAUACUGAGUUUGACCAAAUCAAGAUGUUCUGUGUUUCUUUGUGCUUCUUGAUGCUGAUGCUCAGGUUCUGUAGACCUGCUGUCAGACUUCUUUAGGAGGGUCUGGACCGACCAGAACCCUUCAACAUGAGCUCUGGUUCCAGCCCUGAGCGACAGACAGAGGCUUAUUGGAGAUGGUUUCGGAUCAGUACCACACAAACACUGGUGCAGAAUCAGCUAUAAAUUCUGUUUAAGGUCCACAUGUCCUUCAACGCUGCUGGGAUCAGACUGACAAGCAAACUAAUGUACUGGACGAACGGAACCAACCGCCAAACCUACUGGACUAACGGAAUCAGCCACUGGAAACAGAACAGAACCACUGUGGCCUUAAUGUCACAUGACAUGAUUUUAUUGGCUGUUCAAUAAAGCACGUUGAGCAGCAACACAAA